AUAUAUAAAAAGUCUAGGCUGAGAAAACGCCUAAUCCCUAAAUUUGGUUCCAGAAGAAGAAGAGAAAUAUGGCGUCGUUGGGUGCAAUGAUGGGUAUGACCACCGUCUCAACUCCAUCGCGUGUUCUUCUUUUCUCACCAAACCUAAUCCCAUUAAAACGCAGAACUAUUACCUGUUCAAUUCCAAACAAUCACAAAAACAAAAACCUAUCCAUCCGCACCGCACCUCCGACGAAAUCUCUUCUUAUUCUUUCAAACAAUCACAAACGCCGAACCAUUACUUGUUCAAACAAUCACACCGCACCACCAGAAGAAGAUAUUCUGUCCGGUUCCACUCGAACUGUCACUACUAUACUCGCCGUGGCGGCUUUAUGUAUCAAAGCUUUCGUAACCAUUCUUCCACCGCCGGAUCUAUCUUUAUCAAUCGGAGUUUCAUCUUCAUCGAUGUUCUUUGCUUCUAUUAUGAAAAGAAGUACUCAGGGGUCGUUGAACACUCCGUUGACUGUUGUUGCUGCUGGAUUGAAGAAAUGGCUGGAUAUUUACAGCGGUGUUUUGUUAGUUAGGGUUUUGCUGAGUUGGUUUCCAAAUAUUCCUUGGGAAAGACAGCCAUUAUCAGCAAUUAGGGAUCUUUGUGAUCCUUAUCUUAGUUUAUUUAGGAAUAUUAUUCCACCCGUUUUCAAUUCUCUUGAUAUUAGUCCUCUUCUCGCUUUUGCUGUAUUGGGUACUCUUGCUAAUAUCCUCACUGUUCCUGUUUAGACCUACCCUGUACCCACCCACACAGGUGUCGCCUACUGAAGAAUCUUUUCAUGAACGAUAAUGCAUUUUCUUCCAACAUUUUGGCACAAUUUAGAAAAGGAGCUUCUUGGGAAGCAUAGGUUAAAGUUUGGUUUCCGUAUACAAUGUAAUUUUCAGAUUGGUAUAUUUUGGUAGUUAUGUACUUAAUUAUAUGGUAUCGAAGAAGGUUAUUGAUUUUAAAUUUUCCAAUGAUAUGGUGUUUUAUUGA